AUGUAUGGGUUGAGACUUAAUGCCUCUAAGACUGAAAUCUUCAUUGCUGGUGUGAAUGGAAAUAAUAGGACUUUGGUGCAUGAGGCUACUGGAUUUAUAAUAGGCUGUCUUCCAGUGAGAUACCUUGGGGUACCUCUAGUCCCCAGGAAAUUAACUGAGAAUGAUUGUGUUGUUCUAGUGGAGAAAAUCAAAGCAAAGUUGGUACUUUGGUCCAACAGAUGGUUGAGUUAUGCAGGUAGGUUGCAACUGGUGAAGGCAGUCUUGUUUAGCAUUGCCAAUUUCUGGUGCAGACAACUUAUUCUGCCUGCUGCUGUGAUUAGGAGGGUGGACCAGCUUUGUGCUAGGUUCUUUUCGAAGGGUGGAGAUAUUCCAGCUAAGGGAGCUCGAGAGUUACUUACUGCUGAGGGCUCACUUUGGGUUGCUUGGGUGAGGUCUUAUGUCCUUAAGGGGGCUAACUUCUGGUCUAUUGAAAGCAAAGCCUCAUUCAGCUGGAGUAUGCGGAAAAUUCUGAAAACGAGAAGAAUUGCAACCUCUGUUCUCAGGGACCAUGGACUGGGACAAGGUCAACGCUCGUUGGAUAUGGCAGAAGAUUAG